AGGACCUACGGUACAUCCAAUCCACCCACCCACACCCGUCAAAUACAUUGCGUACACAUAUAUAUGUACCUUGGGCUAUCCCGCACCCCUGCCGAGGACACUCCCCGUUUCCGCUGCGAUCUUAAGUGAACAUAAAAGACUAGGACCUGCUGUUCGGUCGUUGCCUCUACCUACCUCCUGGCCGGAUAUCGGUGCCUGACUCACACACGACAUAGCGAGAGAAAAAUUGCAACCUAUUGCACCAUAAUAUAACCAUAUUCAACACUGACACCCAGACGCCGACCUUCUUCACCCAUACAAAAUGCUUUCCACAACCACCACCUCGCCCCCCUUUCACCCUCCUUCGCAGCCGCACCCUUCAUCAUCACAACCACUGCGGAAGAAGAGGAUGAUGUCUGUCACGCAGACCUACUUACUCGCACACAAGGCCCGGGCAAAACUCUCCAGCGAGGCUGCCCGGCCCGACCACAACCUCCGCCUCCUCGUCGGCCACGCCAACCUGCUGGACUCGCUAAUGCUCGAGCUCGCCGAAGCCGAGCGGGAACAGGAGAGCUGGUUCAACCAAUCCGUCCGGGGAGCUGCGCCCCACGCGGGAGAGCGACACGUACAAUGGGCCGACUCCGUUGCCGUGGAGGACGACUGGGAGGCCGACUCCUCUGACUCGGACACGGACUCAGACGACGAGGAUGAAGACGUCGAGAUGGCCGACGCGGUCCCCCUGAGGCGGGUGCCUUCUCACAUCGCGGUGCCGCCGUCCCCUCAACUACACACGAUGGACGAGAUGGAAGAGGAGGAGGAUGACUUCGAGGACGACGAUGAGGACUACGACGCCUUGUCCCUCACACGAUCCCCCUCGCAUUUCACUGCAUCGCCGCCCGAGCUCGAGCUUGACUCGGACUCGUCAGAGGACGAGGCAAUGCCCCCGUCACCCCCCGCCGCAUCCAUACCCACAUUCUCAGAGAAGCAGAGGGAGAGCGCAGUCACAACCAAGUGCUUCGACCAGAGGCAAGAAGAGGAAGACGAGGAGGACAACAAGGCCGACUUCUACAACGAAGGAUAUUACCUGCCGCCGCGACACCCGUCACGAAUAGUAUCCACGAUACCGGUCUACUAACGGUGUCAGUCCUAUCCUUGCCAGUAGUACCA